UUUUUAUGCUUUACCAAAGACCAAGACUCACCCUCGAUAUUCCAGCUCUGCCUCGUCGGCACUCGUUUCUACUUGCUUCGACAUGGCCGAUUCCGACGAGGAAGAUCACCACUUGGUUGAUUUUGUCGAAUCCAGCAUGCUUUCUGGUCCGCCAGACAAGGUUGGUUGUGAGGAAGAGACGGGAGAAGCCACGAGACCAUCAAAAAGGCCCCGAAUUGACAUGGAUAGAUCUCACCCAGUUCGCCGUAAUCAGGGUCCUCCUCAUCUUCCGUCUACUACACGGAUCGAGAGCGGAGUCUUCAGUAAUAUUCCGCCCGAGGUCAUCCAUAACAUAUUGAAGUUUCUCUCAUCCGAGGAUCUUAUUUCAUGCUCCAUUGUGUGCAAGUUCUUGAGCUAUGCGGCCUCUGAUGAGAGCCUAUGGCGUCGUCUGUACUGCAUGCGAUGGGGUUUGGCUUCGGCUUCUAGCAAACUGCGUGCAUCUGCAUGGAAGAACCUUUACAUUCAGCGUGAUCGUGAGGACAUGUCUGAGUUUGUUAGGAACACACCAUCUGAGUUCAAAGAGUAUUAUAUCCAAAUGCAGGCUGCAAAGAGAAGUCAAGCACCACUUCCUUCACAAGUCAAUGAUGAUCACAUAAUCCUUGACACAACAGUUGCUGAUCAAGUCGCCAUUUGGAGAAGUAGCAGAGGCUUUACUGAUGAAUCUGUUACAGGGCAUAUUUGCUCAGGAAAGACCUGUGCAUAUUCUCAAAUUGGGGAUGUCUUUCUCUGCGAGAAAACUGGUCGUGUGCAUGUAUGUGAUGAUACUUGCCGUGAAGCUGUUUGGGAUCUAUAUAGUGGGCUGAUGGUGUGUACUAUUUCCGGUCAGUGCUUUGACAGAUGGCUCUCUCCCGAAGAGGAAGCUGAUAAUGAGCAACAGCAAGCUGCUUUGAUUGAUGAUAUGGAGCCUUUUAUGGGAUCUGGUCGCUAUGCGCGAGCCUAUUCGCUGGGUUACAGUUGUAUAGAUGACAAGGAACUGGAAGCAGUAUUAAGGUUUAUAAUUUGAGGCCACUGUUAAAUGAGAUAGCUAUUGGUCUCAGCUCCUUGAGACAUUCAAGCUUUGUUUUUUAUUUUUUUUGACCUUUUUGUUGAUCAUCAAAUUUGUAGCUAAUGAAAUUAAAUAACUUAGCUGCUGCCCUUUUAUCAAGAUCAUGCGAGGUUUAUGAGAAACAUUAUAUUGAUGUUUCAGUUCUAGA